AUGAUGGCAUGCUCUUCCAGAUUCUGUGCAUUCGGCAUACUGCUGCUGCUGGGACUGAUAGCUAGAGCGAAUGCGUCCGUGCACACCUAUAAGGGUAAUCGGUUUUUCCACACCGCUGAUGCUUUCCUGUUCCGCGGUGGGCGGGAAGGACUCUUCUCGUCCACGCCUGAAGCGGUGGCUCACUGGACGACGAUCGGCAAGGCCGUCGCCAAUGGCAAGGCAUACGUCAGGUUCCAGCACCUCACCUUCCAUCGCCCCAUCUGGGAGGCGCGCGACGCGCCGGUGGCGGGGCAGACAGGGCUGAUCGAGGCGCUGCUGUUCGAGGUGGGCGACCGCGCGCGCAUCGGCCACACGUCGCCGACGGGCACGCGGUCGUUCUGCUGCACGCCGGAGCUCGUGCGCAAGACGGGGUGCAACCCCGGCCACCUCAUCGUGCGCCCCCGCGACGACGACAGCAAGUGGCCGCGCGUGGUGGAGAUCAACUUCAUGGGCAACGACAGCGCCGUGGAGGCGGCGGCAUCGGAGAUGCACAUAACGCGGACGGGCAUGUACUACCUGUGGUUCGUCAUCUGUGAUAAGAACCUGGCGGAGGUGUCGGUCACGGGCGGCACCGUGUGGAAGAACCCCUCGGGGUACCUGCCCGGCAUGAUGACGCCUUACCUCAACUUCUUUGGCGCCAUGUCCAUCGCGUACCUGCUGCUGGGGCUGCUGUGGCUGGUGCAGUACGCGCGGUUCUGGAGGGACGUGCUACAGCUGCAGCACUGCAUCACAGCCGUGCUCUUCCUGGCCAUGACAGAGAUGGCCGCCUGGUACUUCGACUUCGUCAACUUCAACGCCUCCGGGUACCGCCCCAUGGGCAUCACCGUGUGGGCCGUGAGCGUGGGCGCCGUGCGCAAGGCCGUGUCGCGCGUGCUCAUCCUCGUCGUCGCCAUGGGCUUUGGUGUUGUGCGCCCGACACUUGGGGGGCUCUCGGGCAAGGUGGUGGCGCUGGGGGCGGCGUACCUGGUGGCAGCGGAGGGUCUGGACGUGAUGCAGAACGUGGGGGCGAUAGACGACCUGAGCAGCGGCGAGCGCGUGAUCCUGGUGCUGCCCGUGGCCGUGCUGGACGCCGCCUUCAUCCUCUGGAUCUUCACCGCCCUCUCCAAGACCCUCGCUCAGCUGCAGGCGAAGCGCACGAUGCACAAGUUGGAGCUGUACCGGCGCUUCACCAACAUGCUCGCCCUCUCCGUCCUCAUCUCCGUCGCCUGGAUCGCCUAUGAGAUCUUUUUCAAGGUGACGGACCCUUUCAACGAGCGGUGGCAGGCGGACUGGAUCACGGGGUGCUUCUGGCACGUGCUCACCUUCCUGCUGCUCUGCGUCAUCUGCAUCCUCUGGGCGCCCUCCCAGGCCUCCACCAGGUACGCUUAUUCUGAGGAUGCUCCUGAUGAGGACGAGGAAACGGUGGGGCUCACGAAGGCAGCAGUUGCAACAGCAGCAGGCGAGGCAGAGGAGGGAAUGGAGGAAGAUGAAUUGGAGCAAGGAAAGCUGGAAUAA